UGUCUCCUCACCUUUGAACUUUCAUGGCGGAGACGAACACCACGUAACUCCCUCCAUGCUCGGACGGACGCCUGAUUCGGAAGCCACCCCCCUCGAGCGCCGCCGCCGCCGCCGCCGCGCGUCUGUCCCCCGUCGGUCCAUUCGCAGCUCCGUUGUCCCGUCGAUGUGAAUGAUGGCGUGGCUGAAGGACCUCAACCGGCUCGCGCACGGCCUGUCCCUCGUCGCCAAGGAGGCCGCCAAGCGCUCGCCGCUCGUCGGGACCGCUCGGAACGGCGACAUCGAGGGGCUGAUCCGGGCCGCCGCCAAGCAAGCCCUCGUCUCGGCGACGGACCUGUCGGGCCUCACCAAGGGCAAGGUCCGCGACCUCUCCAGGCCUACGCGGAGGCCGAGGGAACCCGUCGUUUACUUCGACGGUUCGGCGGAAGCGACCCAAUCCGGCGGCGAUACGGAGCAAAAGCAGCCGGUCGGUGAUGGUAGGGAAGUCGAUGAUGCGGAGGUUGCGCGGGCGAAUGAUCCUGGUCCUCGAAAUUUGGCAGAUGGGAAUGCGGAUAAAACGGGUACUUCUGUGAAGGAAUCAGACGAUCGAGGUGUUUCGGAUGGGAGUCAGUCUCAUGGCUUGGCCGAGGAGGCGAAGCAGGCGACUGAUCCUGGUCGUCGAAAUUUGGCGGAUGGGAAUGCAGAUAAAACGGGUACGUCUGUAAAGGAAUCAGACGAUCGAGGUGUUUCGGAUGGGAGUCAGUCUCAUGGCUUGGCCGAGGAGGCGAAGGAGGCGAAUGUGGUGGAUGUAGGAGGUGGAAAGAAUGUGGUGGCAGCGGCAGCGCCAGCCGUGAAAAGGCGGAAGCCGAGGGAGAGGAGAGUCCCUGCGACGCCUUUCUCACGAGCGCUUGGGUUUGCUGGUCUAGGUGCUGGUCUCGCAUGGGGAAGCAUUCAGGAAUCUACCAGGAGGCUCGUCUAUGGUAGACCGCAAGAACAAGACGAGCAAUCUGCUCUCUCUCCUUUUUUAACCGAAAGCAAUGCGGAACGCUUGGCUAUUGCUCUAUGUAGGAUGCGUGGGGCCGCUCUCAAAUUGGGACAAAUGUUGAGCAUACAAGAUGAGUCUCUUGUGCCUGCCCCGAUUUUGGCAGCUCUGGACAUGGUUCGUCAAGGAGCAGAUGUGAUGCCAAGAAGUCAGCUCAAUCAAGUCUUGGAUGCUGAAUUAGGUUCUAAUUGGUCAUCAAAAUUGAGUAGUUUUGAUUAUGAACCACUAGCUGCAGCAAGCAUUGGCCAGGUUCAUCGAGCUGUCGCGAAGGAUGGCCUGCACGUUGCAAUGAAAAUUCAAUAUCCUGGUGUUGCUAAUAGUAUUGAGAGUGACAUUGAGAAUGUAAAACUUCUUUUGGAUUAUACGAAUUUGAUUCCGAAAGGACUUUAUCUCGACAGGGCUAUGAAGGUGGCUAAAGAGGAAUUGUCUCGUGAAUGUGACUAUGAACUAGAGGCAAGUAAUCAAAAAAGGUUCCGAGACCACCUAUCUGGCACGAAAGGGUUUUACGUGCCAAUGGUGUUGGAUGACAUUUCAAGCAAGAGAGUUUUGACUACAGAGCUUGUUCAAGGUGUUCCAAUUGAUAAGGUGGCAUCACUGGAUCAAGAAACUCGUAAUUAUGUUGGGAAGAAGUUGCUUGAAAUCACCUUGAGGGAGCUAUUUGUCUUCCGUUUCAUGCAGACUGAUCCUAACUGGAGCAACUUUUUGUAUGAUGAUGCUACAAGAACAAUCAAUCUUAUUGACUUUGGAGCAGCUCGUGAUUACCCUAAGAGUUUCGUGGAUGACUACCUACGCAUGGUUGUUGCCUGUGCAAAUCAAGAUAGAGAUGCGGUCAUUGAGAUGUCCCAGAGACUCGGGUUCCUCACAGGAGACGAGUCAGCUGUCAUGUUAGAUGCUCAUGUUCAGGGUGGCUUUGUGGUUGGACUGCCAUUCUCGAAGCCUGGCGGUUAUGAUUUCCAAUCCACUAACAUCACUCAAAGCAUUUCAAACUUGGGGGCGACCAUGUUGAGGCACAGGCUUACACCGCCACCUGAUGAGGCCUACAGUCUCCAUCGCAAGCUUUCAGGCGCUUUCUUGGCCUGCAUCAAGCUUGGGGCAGUUGUGCCUUGCAGAGAGUUGUUGUUUAAAGUGUACGAGCGCCAUCAGUUUGGCCAUGAAGAUGAUGGCAGCGCGAUGUUGUCGGGCAGCUCAAUCUUUUGAAGCACAAUUCUUUUUGAUUCUUACAUUUAUGUAAUGAUUCUUUUUGUGCAAUAAUUAUGGGAUGCAAUCCUGUCCCGAGUCUUUUGUAUUAGGAAAUAGUUUUCCUCUUUCGAGCAAGCCGUCAAGUUGGCAUCGCAGACCCAGAGCUACAAUAAAUUUUUCCGGCUUGUCAUGUCAGGUAUGAUUUCCCCCCCAAAUUUAUUUUUCAGGGGUGAAUGAUGUUAUUCAGUGUUACGAACUACACAGGUGUAGAAUUCCUUCUAUGUUCCCAAGUUCCAUUUGACUUUGGUCAA